UUUCUUUGACAUUUGACAGCAGCGUGUGACAGCUGAUCGGUUGUUGUGUUUAAAAAGUGCUUCAAAAACAACAAAUUAACUAAUAAAAACUAAAAAAAUGGUUAUUGAAAAAAAUCCUUUCCCUGGCAAUGCCUUGGAACAAUUUGUUUUAUUGUCAAAGUCAACAAAAGGGGCUGCUUGUUCCGAACUGAUCAAGCAAGUGUUGGAAGCCCCCGGUGUUUACGUUUUUGGUGAAUUACUUCACAUGCAAAACAUUGAAGAGUUGAGUAAUACACCACAGAAAAAUUUCUACAACACUCUCAACUUGUUUGCUUACGGAACCUACAAGGAUUAUCUAGCAAAUAAGAAGGAUUUAAUUGAAUUAAGCCCAGCUCAGAAGAAAAAGCUUCAACAUUUAACCAUUGUUACGUUGGCCACCAAAUCAAAGUGUAUUCCGUACAACACCCUUCUGGAAGAGCUAGGCAUAACAAAUGUUCGUGAUUUGGAGGACUUAAUAAUUGAGGCGAUUUACGCUGACAUUAUUCAUGGAAAAUUGGACCAGAAAAAUAGUCAAUUGGAGGUUGAUUAUGCCAUAGGUCGUGAUAUUCGUCCUGAAGACAUUAAUGUAAUUGUGAAUUGUCUCCAAGACUGGUGUUCGGCCUGUGAAGGUGUUUUGGCUUGUGUUGAAACACAAAUACAUAGAGCAAAUAAUGAAAAAAAUAAAUCAAUGUUGAGAAAAGCUGAAGUGGAGCAAGAGAUUAGUAACAUUAAAAAGACUCUGAAAACUCAAUUACAAGAACGCUCUGAUGGAACUGACGAGGCUAUGGCUACUGAUAACAGGGAAGCUGCAGCAAUUAGCGAAAAAGGAAAAAAGUCAACUAAAAUCAAAGGUAUAAGGCAUAGCAGUAAGUUUUGGCUUAAAUCUUAAUAAUUUUUUUCUAAUAUAUUAACAUGUAACAAUUUUAAUGAGAUCGUAAGUGUUAUUUAAUUAUUGUUUGUACCUUUGGUACAAAAUAAAAUCUCUGUGAAAUUCUA